UAUAGAUUUAUAGUCCCAAGAAAUUAGUGUCACAGUUUUCUGUGGCAAAUCCAACCUCUAAAAUCAGAGCCGAAAUUCGGGUGGCUCACCUUACCUUACUAAAAAUAACGCCAAUUUCAACCGUAUUGCCUUUGGGGUUAUCAUCUCUUUCCCAUUACUCUCAUCUUAUCUUUCUUUUCUUUUCCCCUUUCUAGCAUUUGUCUUUUUAGUGUAAGAAAUAUAGUAAUUUAGGAAUGUUGAAUUUUUUAUAUACAUAGUUAUUCAAUGGGUUUUUUUUUUUUUAAUUUCUUGACCUGGUUUAGCAUCCAUUCUCUAGACUACAAGUUCACUAAUAAUUGAUCAGAUAAGAUUGGCAGUUGGUUUAGUUGCUUUUUUCCAGUUUCGGAAUCAUUAAAAACAAAGCUAGUCAAAAACAAUAAAUUAUUAGGUGAACUUCAUGUGAGAAUGCUUUUAAGUCCUUUACUCAGAAAAGGAAUCACGUUCAUCUUUGUUUAUACUUGACUUUCUUAUCAAUCCAAGUUAAUUUUCUUCUUCAAUCUCUACCAAUUGUAGUUUAACUGAUAAAAAUAUGUUCUGUUUUUUUGUUUUCCCCCCUUGGGGUAUUUUUUUGAAAUGAUAAAAGGUAAGAGAGUUUUGAGCAAGAAGUGAUGAAAAAUGAAGAAAAGUUGAAGGAUACUUGAGAUUGUAGGCACAAACAUAUGGGAGAGUUUCUUUUACUUUGUCAUUAAUGUUGGAAAUCAAUUUGAGUUUAUUUUAAUAUUAUUUUUCUGUUCACCAGCUCACUGGCACAGACUUCUAUAAUCUCAUUUAGGCAAAUACAGAUUAGUAUUUAAGGUUCCUGAAGAAAUGCUUCAAAGAAGCUCAUCAACCCCAGUUUUUGGAGCCCUUGUCUUCCCUUUUACUGACAGUCCAAAUAAAGAUCUUGAUGCUACUUACAGCUUACUUCAGGGCAACCAUGGUGGAAAACUCGACUUCCAUUGUCAAGAAAGCCUCAACAUGACAUCUUUUUCACAUAAUUCAUCUCCUGAGUCUCAUUCAGCUUCAGGGUUGUUUGAAUUCAAUCCAGAAUCGGGUGGUUUUCGCCUUAAAGGCUUUCGAAGAGCUAAGUCUGAAGGUAGCAUAGAAAGAUUAGAUUAUAGAUCUUGUGAUAUAGCUCAGUUUCUAGAUCCCAGAACACCAAAGAGAUCGUUUCAUAGGCAUCAUAUAACAAUGUUGCAUAGUGCACCAUCUUUUUCGAUAUUCAAUGAAGGGGUUGAAGAUGGAAAACUAGGGGAGGAGUCAUUGGAGAGAACAGUUACAAUUGGUGAGAACAUUGAUGCUGUAGGGAAUCCAGAUUUCAGCUUCCGGAAGAAGUGUAUGGAGUUAAUUCAGGAAGAAGAAGGAGAUGAGGAAAAAAAAAGAUUGAACCGAAUUCGAGUUUCUUAUAAUGAUGAAGAAGAAGUUGAACUUGAGCCACCUAGUCCUCCCAUGUAUCUUGCUACUGGUCUUGGAAUUGAUUGUGCUGGCUUUGGUGCCAUGGCUGAUGGUGUUGAUUUAAGUUACAUGGAUCUUGAUGAGGUUGAUGAUCAAGAAGAGUUUCAUAAGAGGCUGGUUGAUGAGUACCCUUGUCAUCCUCUGUUCCUAAGGAAUUAUGCUAAAUUUUUACAGUCUAAGGGAGAUCUUCAAGGAGCAGAGGACUAUUACCAUCGUGCAACAUUAGCAGAUCCUGAAGACAGUGAGAUUCUCUUACAGUAUGCCAAAAUAUUAUGGGAUCUUCACCAUGACAAAGAUAGAGCCCUUAGUUACUUUGAGCGUGCCGUUCAAGCUUCUCCUCAAGAUAGCAAUGUCCUUGGAGCAUAUGCUAGUUUCCUCUGGGAAAUCGGGGAUGAUGCAGAAGAAUAUGGAGAACAAGAAUACCAGGGGGUUAAAGAGGAGGAAAUUAUGAAGGUAGCCAAGAACUCACUGCCCGAAGAAGAAACUAAGCUAGCUAGGCUAUCCAUGCAACUACCAAAUCCAGCAGGUUUGGAGGUUCAUACCGAUAUCCAGGACAUUGAUAUUGAGGAUUAUCAUACGAGGAUGGUUCAGGAAAAUCCUGGCAACCCUUCGGUUUUAAGCAAUUAUGCUCGUUUCUUACAUCAGUCUAAAGGAGAUGUUGAAGGAGCCAAGGAAUACUAUUUGCAAGCCAUACAAGGUGACCCUAGGAAUGGUGAAACCAUGUCACAGUAUGCUAAAUUGAUCUGGGAUUCUCACCGUGACCAUGAUAAAGCUUCACAUUACUUUGAGCAAGCAGUUGAAGCUAAUCCUGAAAAUAGCAAUAUUCUUGCAGCAUAUGCUAGCUUCCUUUGGGAAACACAAGAAGAUGAAGACAAUAACACAAGGCAAGAUCAAACUCAGGUUUCUCUUCAAAACAGAGCUUUGUCUGCAAUAAACUCAUAAGUCAUUCAUUCUGAAACCUUUAGGUACCAGAUCACUAGUUCAGUUUCCAAUGUUUGAGUCAUCUAUCAGACAACACUAGUUCAGUUUCCAAUGUUUGAGCCAUCUAUCAGACAACAGAGAAUAAAGCAUAUAUCUUUAUGUUUUUUUCUAA